CCAGGGUUUCUUCUUGGUUUCAUGAAUCUUCCAUUCUUUUGUGCAUAGUCACCUAGUUUCAAAAAGAGGAGAAAGCUUUUUCAAUUCUGCCUUGCCAAUAAAUUGGUGAACUUAUUGUUCAGAAAUGUAUAUUUAAACCUUCUCAGGCUAAAAAUAGCACUGAUCCCCUUUUCUUGCAUCACCUGGGUAAAUACUCCAUUGAAAAUAAUCUUACACUAUAUAUUGUCAAUGACCUUAUUCCUGUUCCUCUUCCUUCCAAUUCCUACUGUUCCUCCUCUCCUCAUCCAGCGGCCUUCAUUUUCUCACCCCAUUUGAAAGGACUGGACAAUUUUCAGUCUGUUCAUUGAAGGAAUGCUUGUAAGGUGUCAUUAAGAGUUACAGGCUCUGCAUUUUGAAUGUGUAAAGGUACCUGGCUCUUCUGCAGAAUUAAGACUCUAGAUUGUAAUUAGGAUCUGUAAUUUAGCUAUGCCCUGCUCUGUUCAUUUUUCUGCUUCACUAAAUCCAAGAAGUUUCCUACUUCCCACACAAUAUAAAGAUGCUUGGACCCCUAAAUCAGGGUUUGGAUGCUGUUCAGGGAAUUGGUACCUGAAGUCCUUUAUGCAUCUAUCCUUAAUUUCCUGUGCCUCUACAGCUCAUAAGGGUCAGUGGCUCUGUCCUUGAUCAGUGCUUUUGUGCAUUCUAGAAAUCUACCUGCCUGUACCAAUCACUUCAUUAUAUACUAGUUAUGAAUAACACAGUUGAUUACUUAGAAUUUGAAAUUCAGACUCAUGCUAGAGGUCAUAUUACAAAUUCCUCUUCAGCCCCCUAUGAUUAUCAUAAUAGUCAUUCUGUUACCUUUCAGCACUCGAGAAGUGAUAGAUGUGAAUUUUGUUACUGCAGCAUCUGGUUGAGAGUAUGUGCAAGUGUCACACAAGGUUCUUGGUGUAAAUGGAAGGAGCUCAAAACAUAAAGUCACUUUAAGUCUGCUGGAAUGAAUUCACUGUCCACAGUGUUUGCAAUUGCUUAUUCAGUAUUGCUGGUGAAAUUUACUGUAAUUUUUAUUUAUGUUAUCUUUUAAUUAAAACAUUGACAUAUGGCUGACCUUUGCUCUGCAUCUUGAAGUAUUAUAUUAGGUUCCAUCUUAGCAUUUUUGCCUUUAUUGAAAAGCUCUGUUUAUAGCUUCUUAUCUGUGGAAAAAGUACUUUGUAAUUCUUCUUCAAAACCAGUCCAUGAUAGUUCCUUUUUCCUGAAGUUACAUAUUAUUUCUGCAUUUUUCUUCACUCUGACCAGCCUUGAUGAGUCUCCUUAUCUGCCAGUUUCCCACGAUCCUGGUGGCAGGUGAGCUGUCAGACCAUUAAGUGUCCUGAAAGGGAAUCCAGACUGUCUGGAAUGCUGCAAAUGAAAUAGAUAAUUUUUGGCAGAAGCCUACAUAAUUGAUUUGUAAUGAUUUUUUUCUAUCUUAAAGUAGUCUGAUGGAAGUUGUAGAAGUAACAGUAAAACCUCAGGACUCUACAAGUGAACACUGGUAAAGUUGCACAAAAUUUUACAGUAGCAAUAGGAAGAAGGCAUUAAUUAGAAGAUGGUUUGCAAAUUGUGGAAGAUAAUUCUGCCACCAUAAUGCAAAUACAUAAAUGAAGAAAUCUGGUUCCAGGCUUUGAACUGAGAGCUACCUUCACUCACUGCCCUCAGUAACAGCUGUGAAAUCAGAAACAAAGCUAAAGAAUGACGCCAGCAAUAGUGAAUAAUAAAUCUUUUACUGAAACAAGUUUAAAAAAUAUUGUUUCAGACAUAAUCUCCUUAGGGAUUUAAAAGAGGUGCGUAGCAAUGUACGUAGUUAGUGGUCCUGUUUUAUGGCAAGUAUCUGAGACAUGACUAGUUAUGAGUCACAGGGGACCCAUACCCGUUGUUUUUUUCUCUGGCUUUAAUGCCUCUGGCUAAUUCCUACUGAAGGAUGCACUUAAUUUAGGAAGGUCUUGUUCCAAAAUAUUGCCUAACAGUAAAUAUAGUAAUUUGAUGUGUUGCAGUCUUACAUUUUAAGGCUAUAAAGCUGAAUUUGUUUUUAUAUAAAUUUUAAUCUUACUAAAGUAACACCCCCUUCCUUUAAAUAGUUAAUUUACUCUUUGAGAGAUGAACAUAGUUUCAUGGAAAGUGAAAGGCAUACACAUGUACACAACACAUAAAUAUGUGUGAUUCCACUUUGGGGAUAUAAACAGGGCUAGCAGGACAGAAUGUUGCCACAUGUUCAUUAUAAUGUUAAUUUGAAAAGUUAAGGGUGGUUUGUAGUUCAUCUUGACUGGAAAUUAAUGAGAUUUUGGAUUGUCCUGACAUUUUCUAAUAGUCUUUUGGCUUCAUUAAAAGCUCUACUUCCUGCCCAAAAGUGAUUUUGUCCAAAUCAAAGCUUAACUCUUUCUGAGGAGUGAAGUUAUUGACACUAUUCUUCAUUUUGUGUUCUUCUUGUGUGGUGACAAUGUCAGCUGCCUACAUUGCAUGAUUGGAUUUAUGCUGUCUAUAAUAGUGUCUGCAACGUAUUUUUCUCUGGUUUUUGUUGGCACAUUGCCUUUAGUUUUUGCAUCUGAGGCUGUUUUAGUUUCACAGAGCCAGUCUAGUAACUUUCUAACUAUAUAGGAGUGAGCCAUUAAGCCUGGUCCAAAGAACCUUGUAUAAUAUACCUUAAUAUAACUAUUGAAUUAAUGAUGGGGUUUUUUUAAGAAUCCAGAACUGUAGGAAAUCGUACCAGUGCAGAAGCAAUAAGACAUACAUAUUGUGUUCUGGAAAUAAGCAAUAUUAUAAUACUGAAAAAUAUACUACCUUGCUGUAAAUGCACUUGUGCUACAGGCUAAGUCCUUGAACAGUAUUCAUUUGUAACUUUGGCUAAUCUCGUUUAUGAAAGAAUCCAUUUACGAGCCAUUGCACUACUUCCAGAAGGAUUUCUCAUAACAUUACCUGCUACUCGUGCUUAUUUGCAUUACUUAAUACAUCUCCUCAAGUGUAUUCUCUAUCACUAGGGCAAUUUCAAUGCAAUGCUAUGUUAACUCUUUUUAUCUACCCUAGAGCAUAUUACUAAGUAAGUGUUUUUUAUAAAAACAUAUUAAGAAGUAAAUGCUUCUACCAUCUUCCUUAUAACUGAAUCUUUUACUGCAUGCUCUAGUCCCUUCCACCCUCUAAGGCCCUUGGAAGCUGUUUUUACGUUUUAGUGUUUGAAAAGAGAUAAAAUCACAUAAGCACUAAGGAAAUAAUUUUUGAUUUGUCUAAAAUUCUGUAGAGAUGUGACAAAUCAUGUGAAAUUUUUCUUUUCUUAAUUGGUUGGUUUUCAUGACUUGACAAGUGCAAUAGUAAUAAUCUACUAGUCCUUCAGAUCUACAGAAUCUCACAGAGAAAAGAGGCAGACCUGGGUUUCCUACAUCAAAAGCAGACAGCAAUAUUUCUCACUUGAUCUUUACUUAAAUAGGAACUUUUUAGAACUUGUUUAUGCAUUCCAAAGUAAAAGUGUGCAAACCUAUUAUCUUCACAAGUUGUAUUUAAUAAGUAAUAGCUGUCAUGAGAUUAAACAGUUUCUGGGUUUUAGAAGCUUGUGGGGGGCUUUUAACUCUAAAAUACACAUAUUUCGGCUUCAGCAUAUAUUCCUUACCUGGCUUGGCAAAAAGAUUUGCAAUGCAGUGCAAUUCAUACAGUUUUUGGAAGACAAAGACUGUGAUGGGAGUUGACACACAACUCACAUGAAAUACAUAGAUCAAGGGAGGUGUUUAUUCCCCCCUACUCACCACAUAUGGAAUAUUGCCUCUGACUGUGAAGCCCCUGCACAGGAAAGGUGUUGAUGAGCUUGAGUGAGCUCAGCAUAGGGCUAUGAAGAUGUAACUUAGUGAGGAAGGCUGAGUGAGCUGGGCUUGUGCUCCUCACCAGGCUGGCACAGCAAUAAAGAGGUAAAAUAGGUGUUCUCGUAAGAUAGGGUAAAAACCAGAAAUAUAUGUAGUGGGGAAAUCUUAGGUCCCUUCCAAUGCUGGGAGCUCUGCUGUUGUGCAGCACUGGACAGACAUCUAGUGGAUCUUCCCCAACACGUUUCACAGAUACCGUCUGUGCAGGGGUUCCUCCUUCCUUCCACGAUGUGGAGCCUUUUAUUUUGUGGGGCAAACAAUCACGUUUUUUCUCCUGUCAGUCUGGGAUGCCAUCUGAGUCAUAACAUUCCCCAGCACCAGCACAGGCUUUAAGUACAAAGCUCAGCAGAGCAGACAUAUGUUGUUCAAGAUCACUAACUCCUUGAAUACAGUAUUUUCCACAGUGCUCCCAAUAUGGGUUGUUCAUCCUGGAGGAGAGAUGGCUUCAGAGGCCCUAAUGUUGCCCUCCUAUACCUAUGAGGAUGCUGGCAAGAGGUCUGAACCAGGCUUUUACUGAGGUUAUGGCAGAAGAAUGAGAGGACAUGUUCAGAAUCGGGGGAGGGUCUAGUGGCACAUAAGGAAAGCUCUUUCACAGUGAAAAUAAGCAUUUGCAAACAAUUACCCAGGGAGGCUUGGGGAUUCUAAGCUCUUGGAGGUUUUCAAGACCUGACUGGACAAACCCUUGAUAAAGUGGUCUGAAUUCAGUGUUGCCACUGUCUUGAGCAGCUGUGUGAAUCUGAAGUUCUGAGAAGAUGCCUAAUUUUGAGACUUAAUCUGUGAGCUGAAUCUCUUCCUUCUAGCUAACUGACAAACAUUAGAUGAGAGCCCACACUGAGAAGUUCAGCAGAAGUUAAUUAAAAUGUGCCUUCCCACACUACUGAAAGCAAAUAAUUUAGGAGUAGAAUUUAACUUGGACAGAUGCAGUUUGGAAUGAAGCAAAGCUGGGCAAUGGGAGAAGGACACUACUGGAGUGAAAGAACUGCUAAGACUACUUAAACAUUUUUAUCUGUUACCUUAAUUUUCUUUUCUCAGUGAGUUAUAUUCCCAGAGUGGAUCAAAUGUCAAUAUAACACUAUCCUGACUAUCUGCUAGCAUGCAUGAAAAAGAUUGAAAGGACACAAUUCCAAAAUUAUGAAGCCAUUAAUAUACACUGAACUGAUUAUAUACAAGAUAGAGUCUUACACCACUAGGACAAUUUGUACAAUCAGGUCCACCACCCUUUUUAUAAACAUGGCAAGGGCUACUUCUUUCUGAGUGUGCUUGCCCUUUAACCUGUAUCCAUAUGCUGAAUCUGACACCAGGACUGCUGCCCAGACACUGUGUGCUCUGUAUGUGCGUAGGCCUAGGAAGAGUUACAUGUUCCCGUGGAUCUUGUUGAAUGAUUCUAGGUGAUAAAACACCUUUGCCUGAAAUAUAUGUCUACUCAUACAUUAUGCAUUGUGAAAAAUUGUAUGAAUGUAUGCUUCUGGUAUAACAUUCUGGUUAGUCUUCCAAUAGUAUCUCAGAAUUGACUUGUGUUGCAUAUUCUGGUCUUCUUGCAUGUAAUUGCUUAAUUAUCUUUCAGAUCACGAAAUGUAAAUUUAUGUUUAUUUUCCAUGCCUGACCCUGGGCUUAAUUUUCUGUUCAUGUAUUCCUAUUUCAACCCACUUAGACCUAGCUCUGCAUAGAUGUACAUAUUUGGUCUGUAUCCUGCUAGAAGAAUAAAGAUCCCACCUGGCUUUUCAUUAUCUCAUGGAGUCUGGAUGGUCAAGGUAAAUGAUUUUGGAGUACAUGCCUGAAACUCGGUCUCCAUCAGAAGGCAGAACCUGAGAUCAGCUCACCUACUCCACAGCACAGUGUUUUCUGUCAGCAGAUUUGCCAGGGGUUCAUGACUUGUGACCAGUUCAAUUGCUCUUCCGCAAGUUUCUGGGUGAAGGGAGAAUGAGGGUUAAGACAAACCCAUUUGUUCCUUUAUGAUCUUGCUAUGCCUGUUUCCCACUAAAAGAGAGGGGUUCCAAACUGAGGGGGAAAACUAAGAGGAAACAACCUCAGGAAUCCAAGUUUACUACAAAUAGGCUUUAAUUUAGGAAAAAAAUUAUCAGGUAUAUUAGAUUAAGUGGUUGUGAUUCAUACUCUUUGCAACAGUCUUAGAAAAAAGCCGUUGUAGACUCAGGCAGCUGCAGCAGUGUUUAGCCAAGUACGGAUUACAGCUACUGAUAGCUGCUGUUGGUGGAAAAGUUUCCUGAGAUUGUUCAGCUUGUCUGUUAUCUGUUCUCAUAGUCUUACCCUUGCAUGAGCUGUUAACAUGCAUCCCACGGUGAGAUGUAAGGGGGAAAGAGGGAGAGAAAAGAGAUCAUAUUGUUUUUGUAAACUGUUCUAGUCUACCUCACCAUCCUGUUUAUGCAUUUUGCCCUUCACCUGUCUGUUGAUACAUGAAAACCUUUAGUGGCAAAGAGGUAGUAGUCUGUCUGUGAGCUUCCUGAGCUGGUCUUAUAAUGUAGUCAUGAUCACAGUGAUCUAUCAGUUUAGGUGCAGUAUUAUAUACUCUUUAUGAGCAUGGAUAUUACAUUCAACCUUACUGGUUUCCUCUUCAGAAAGACUUCAAAUUACUAGUGUCCUGACUGUAACCAGAAAGAUAUGAGUGCCCUAGCUUCAAAUAAGAUUGCAUACAAAUAUCUGUUUUCAUAUUAAAUGAAUUCAUUUUAUUAAAUCUCUCUUUUGUGAUUAAGAGGGCAAGGCUGAGGGAGAAAAAAAUGAAAUGAAUUCAAAAUUGCUAUUCUUAUCUGUGACUAACAAUAUGCAAGUCAUACUGGAAGGUUGAAGAACAAUGAAUUUCCUGUGGUCAUGAUAUAAGUUGCGCCACAAAAAGAAAAAGGUUUAGGUACUGAGAAAUGACCUCCCAGCUUUUAGCACUAUAGUAGAAUAAAGACGUUUGGAAAUUGUUUCAUCAUAGAGACCUUUUCCUUAGUUGGAUUUCCCACUGAAUUUCCACUUAUUUUUCUGUUAAUUCUCAGUAGACUCAGAGUCCCAAUAAAAGUAAUUUAUUUCAUGUGUUAUUUUUCAUUUUUCCGAGAAAAAACCUUUAAGUCUUGACCCCAUCUUGAAAUAAAAGGAUUAUUUUUAGGGCAGUUCGAAUAGUUUUCUUUUCAUUUUAGAAUCAGGUGACUCCAAAAAGAGAAGGAAAAAAAAGGGGCUAUGGAAAAAGGCAUUUAUUUGUCUGUGUUGCCUUUAGGGUGUGGUUGUGCCCCAGGAGCCUGGAGAGUUGCCGUUACGAUGCGCCUGAGCUCAGGGACCCAACUUUUUUCUACUUAUAAGCAUUCCUCCCAGUUCAGCUGAAGAAUGCUCCUCUGGUUUGCGUAGAAAAAUUCUUGCAAGAGGUCUCCUGAGUAAGGUCAUUUGAGGAUGACUUUGGCCACAGCUGUUUACAAGUUAGGGUUUUGACCGAAGUGAGUAAUUGAAUCAUGUUGAGCCUCUGAAGUUUGCCUUUUAUUUAUAUAUUUCCCCCAAUUGUGUGGCUCGGUCUGCCAUUGGCUGCGGUCCCUGCAGCCUACCCGAGGGCUCUGCAAUUACAUAAGGCUCUGUCUGCUGGGAGCCUAUAUAAAGCCUUUGUGCACGCCAGCAAGACAGAAUUUCAUCAAGAUUCAGGUCCCAGUGCUUUAGUUUGCACAAGCAGGAGGAGUUUUGCUUGAAGAUGCACUGAAACUCGAACGCCAGCCUGGUUUGUUUGCCAGCAGGUGCUUCACAGCUGUCAACCUGAGUCGUAAGUGGCAGCUACUGUAAGUAGCUUCUGUGCACUAUGAAGAAUUUUUCAUUUCCUAUGCAGGAUAACACAUAUCAGACCGAGAGUCCUUCUCACAGAUUCCCGAGUCCGACAAAUCAGUCAGAUCCUGUUGGAAGACCAGAAAGAGAUGAACAAUUAGCUCAAGUAGAGAUUGCUGUACUGGGGAUCAUAUUUCUGACAGCAUCUGUGGGCAAUUUUAUUCUCAUACUGGUGCUGUGGCGAAGAAGAAAGAAGCUCUCUAGGAUGUAUGUGUUCAUGCUUCACCUCAGCAUUGCUGAUUUAGUGGUAGCCUUUUUUCAAGUUCUGCCUCAACUCAUAUGGGAUAUUACAGAUGUUUUCAUAGGCCCAGAUUUCUUGUGCAGAAUUAUCAAGUACCUACAAUUGCUGGGCAUGUUUGCCUCUACUUAUAUGAUAGUGGUCAUGACAGUGGACAGAUAUCAAGCAGUUUGCUACCCUAUGGUCACAUUCCAAAAGAAGAGAGCUCUCUGGAACAUCCCUAUUUUCACCAGCUGGUUUAUAGCACUGAUUCUUAGCCUACCACAGGUAUUUAUCUUUUCUAAGACUGAAAUAUCUCCAGGUAUCUUUGAAUGUUGGGGUGAAUUUAUUCAACCAUGGGGCCCAAGGGCAUAUGUGACUUGGAUUUUUGUAGUUAUAUUCUUCAUUCCCUCAGCCAUUCUUAUCACAUGCCAGGUUAAGAUUUGCAAAAUAAUCAGAAGAAAUAUAUGUGUGAAAAAACAGAAUGAAUGUGAAGCAACAAAUCAGAAGCAAGUCCUGCCAUCCCGAGCGAGCAGUGUGAACUGUAUUUCAAAGGCUAUGAUCAAGACAGUAAAAAUGACAGUGGUGACAGUUGUUGCAUAUGUGCUCUGUUGGUCACCUUUCUUCAUUGCACAGCUGUGGUCUGUGUGGUUCCCCAGUGUCAUGACUGAAGGUUCAGCAUUCACCAUUAUCAUGCUCCUUGGCAAUUUAAAUAGUUGCACCAACCCAUGGAUUUACAUGUAUUUCUGUGGCCACAUUCCAUAUUGCACAAAUAAGCAAGUGGAGAAUACCUCAGCUCAAGAGGAAUCGACCAAAUACGGCUGUCCAGCUGGCAAGAGGAAUGGAUUUCGGGCAAGUAGGAAGAGAAGGAGGUGGAUGAAGGCAGUACCAGAGCCAGACAGGAAUGGGAAGAGUCUAUGAAGUCUCUUAUAAAAAUUGCAAUUGAUACUUUUUCUUGUGUUUUCCCCCUCUCUUUAAUUAAUAGUUAUUAAUUCUACCCCACAACAAAUUCCUUGUUGGAGCAAUUCUCUAACUCAAGUUGCAGUGUUGUUAUCUGGGGUAAGAGCAUCCAAGUUAUAAUCCAUACUACUGAUAGGGUAUUUGUAAUAUUCAGCCAUUCACUUUCAAUCUUUCAAGACUUUCUAAGACUUUCAAUCAAUUAGCUCUCAGUUAGGUUUUCCCUUGUGACUGAAUAUGAUGGUAAAUGGUGGGAUUUUUAGUUUUUCUACUUCUGUUGAUUGCAAUUAGUUACCUAGUAUAACAUGCAGUGUUGAAAGGUGGUGUAAACAGAAAUGUUGCAAGGAAUUACCUGUCACUGUACAACUGUAUUUGCAGCAAAAGGCAUUCAUUUGCAAGAAAAAGAGGCAAUGUGCGAAGAGUCAUCCAGAUCCAGAACUGACAGAAGUCACAAUUCUGCUCAGACACUGCAGUGAAGCUGUGCCAUUUGACAUCACCUGCUCUGGCCUCCAAUUAAAGUUAAAAAGUGUAACUUCUACUUAUAUUUCUGCAUUGCUCAUAUAUUUGUUACUGGCUUUAUAAAUAAUUUGGUAGAGCUGGUAGCUUAAAUAACAGUAGCUUCAUCUGUUCUUUAAAAGUCUGAGAGCAAUAUUAACUGACCAUAUUUCAGAUAUUUUGAUCAUGUGUUGAAUGAAAUGUCAAAACUUCUAAAAUUCAGUAAUGGUUGUUUAUUGUUUGCAAUGUUCAAACCAAUUACAUUUUUGUCUUGUAA